GUUAGAUCCGGGAACCGUUGGGAAAGUUUCCUUGCAUUUGCAUAAAUCUUGCAUAAGUGGUGUGUAGCAUCGGAAGUAAUUUUUAUGCAUUUGCCGACGUCAAUUCAUCGGUCCUGACUAAAGCUUCGAACUACAACUUAAACAUUCUAGUGUACAAAGCGAACCUCAACCUCCACCAUCCCGAUCCGACCUGCCAUCUUUGAUCGCCGAGCGCCAAUCGCAAAGAUGUCAGGCAAGUAUGCUUUCACCAAGGCCCUGAAGGAGGUUCGCUUCUUGUUCUGCCACACUGGAGAGGGUAGUGCCGCGACGAGGACAUUCCUGAAUAGAGCAUACCCCACGAUGAAGAAGAACAACCCAUUCACACCCAUCCUCAUACGAGAAGCUUCCGGCACCUUACCCAAAGUCUACGCGAGAUAUGAGUUUGGAAAGGAGAAGAGCCAGUCAUUAGAAGGACUCACGGAUAAACAAAUCGAAGACACGGUUACACAAUUAGUCAAAAGCGAGACUGCAUAAACACUUCACUUAUAGCUGGCGUUAUGAGAAAAAAGUAGUUAUUCGUAUUGCUAUGUUACCAUAAUGAGAACAAGACCCUGCCGAAAAUAGAAACUCCUUGUUGCACUCCCAUUCUGAUUCUUGUCUUUGUUUUUGCUACCUAUUAUUAUUAAUGAUAGUGUGGUGCAGGCUCAGACACCAUAAUUCUGCUUAACAUGGAAGAUUCACGACUGCAUGAUAGCAGAACGUAAUUUAGUAAGGUAAUUAUUUAGUUAAGAAACCGCCUUUAUUUUGCACGCCUCCUGUGUGUCCCACGACAUGAUAAGGUAAACUGGAUAUAGCCCUUUAUCGGAAAAGACUUAGGAGGCGCUGCCGCCCAG